GCACUGCUGGAGAGGCAGUGCAUGUGAAUGUGAUGUGGGUGUGGGACACACCGGAAAAAGCCAUAAAUUAGCACUAUCAUCAGCAAAGCACCAUGAUCUGCACCAAUCAUCAAGCAACUUGCUCCUGCACUCGUAGAUCGUCAUGGAGGCAUGGUGGCUGCUUUCUUUGUCUUAGUUGUGGAGGUGCUGGAGAAUUUAGCAUACCUGGCCAAUGCAAGCAACCUUGUGGUCUACCUGACAAAAUUCAUGCAUUAUUCGCCAUCCAGUUCCGCCAAUAUUGUCACCAAUUUCAUGGGGACAACUUUUCUCCUCGCUCUCCUUGGUGGCUUUCUAGCAGAUGCUUACAUUACAACCUACAGAAUAUACCUGAUGAGCGCUGCAAUAGAAUUCUCGGGGUUGCUAGUCCUCACAAUUCAAGCUCGCAUACCUUCAUUGAAAACACCAAGUUGCGUUUCAGCCAGCGCCCAUUCUCCAUGUCAAGAGCUUGUCGGUGCAAAAGCAGUGAUAUUGUUUGCAGGCCUCUAUCUGGUGGCUUUAGGAGUUGGCGGGAUAAAAGGCUCACUACCUCCACAUGGGGCUGAGCAAUUUGAUGAGACUACCCCAGAAGGCAGGAAGCAGAGAUCAGCCUUUUUCAACUAUUACAUUUUCAGCCUCUCUUUUGGGGCCCUGAUGGCUGUCACCUGUGUGGUUUGGAUUGAAGAUAACAUAGGUUGGCAGUGGGGCUUCGCGAUAUCGGCUGCAACAAUUCUGAUCUCCAUCCCGGUCUUCCUCCUCGGUUCUUCUACCUAUAGGGUCAAAACACCCACAGGAAGCCCCAUCACAACCAUGUUCAAGGUGCUGGCAGCAUCGAUCUUUAACUCUUGUAAAUCUAGGAAACCAACAAAUGCUGUUGUAGUGAGCAUGGCAACAAGCCCAUCUCACAGAGAACCAGAGGAUGCAGAAGCCAAGGGAAAGGAGCCAAGUCAGACCCUGACAGUACAUCUCGGAUUCCUGAACAGAGCAGCAAUGAAAAAUCCCAGCUACCCGAUGCUCCAAUGCACUGUAAAUCAAGUGGAAAGCGUCAAGACGGUGAUAAAGAUUCUCCCGAUCUUCAUGUCGACCAUAAUUUUGAACUGCUGCCUUGCCCAACUUUCGACCUUUUCAGUCCAACAAGCAGCCACCAUGAACACCAAGCUAGGCUCCCUGAGAGUCCCACCGGCUUCCCUCCCCAUCUUCCCAGUCCUCUUCAUGAUGAUAUUAGCACCAGUCUACAACCACCUAGUCAUACCAUUUGCAAGAAGAACCAAUAAAACCGAAAUGGGCAUCACUCAUCUUCAGCGGAUCGGGACAGGGUUAGUUCUGUCCAUAAUGGCAAUGGCGGUGGCAGCUUUGGUCGAAGUCAAGAGAAAGAAAGUUGCCGCGGAAUCGGGGACAAUAGAUUCUGCCGGACCACUGCCGAUCACCUUCUUGUGGAUAGCACUGCAAUACCUGUUCCUGGGAUCGGCCGACCUAUUCACACUGGCAGGCAUGAUGGAGUUCUUCUUCACAGAAACACCGCGAAGCAUGCGGUCCUUGGCCACAGCGCUCUCCUGGGCAUCAUUGGCCAUGGGCUACUACCUGAGCUCGGCACUCGUCUCCAUAGUCAACAACAUCACCGGCACAUUUUCUGCAACGCCUUGGAUGUCCGGCAGCAACUUGAAUUGCUACCGCCUGGAGGGGUUUUACUGGCUGCUCUGCGUGCUGAGCGGAAUCAAUUUCUUGAAUUACCUCUUCUGGGCUACCCGCUACAGCUACAGAUCAACAUAAGAUACUAAUCGGAAUAAAUACAGAAGCACUAGACUAGUAACAAUAGAGACCUACAUGCUGAGUAA